AAAAAAAAAAAAAAAAAAUCAAAAGCCUAAACUCCCUAUUUUUAUUUUUUUCCCUCUUUUUUUUUUUUUCCUUCAGCAACAAUAACCACCAAUGUCCACACCAAGAAGAAGAAUUGAAACAGAUGUUAUGAAGCUCUUAAUGAGUGAUUACGAAGUAACUCUAGUUAAUGAUAAUAUGCAAGAAUUCUAUGUUCGUUUUCAUGGACCAACAGACACACCUUUUACUGGUGGUGUUUGGAAGGUUCAUGUAGAACUUCCUGAUCAAUACCCUUACAAAUCACCGAGUAUUGGAUUUAUGAACAGAAUAUUUCACCCAAAUAUUGAUGAAGUUAGUGGAUCUGUUUGCCUGGAUGUGAUUAAUCAAACAUGGAGUCCAAUGUUUGACAUGAUAAAUAUUUUUGAAGUCUUUCUUCCUCAAUUACUUCGAUAUCCCAACCCAACAGAUCCCUUAAAUGGAGAAGCUGCUGCAUUAUUGAUGAGAGAACCACCUAAAUAUGAAGUCAAAGUUAAAGAUUACGUCUCAAGAUAUGCUACAAAAGAAGCAGCUGAUGCAGCAGCAGAUGAAAGCUCAGAUGAGGAAGAUAUGAGUUCAGUUAGCUUUGACUCUUCAGAAGAUGAAGCUGCCGGUAUGGAACUGUAAUAAAAAAUGAUGUGUUUGAACCCUUUUUAUUUUUUUUAUUUUAAAACACCGGGUUUGCAGGACCGUUUCUUUUUUUUAUUAUUUCAACAUGGCAUGUUCGCGUUUUAUUUGAAAUAAAAAAUAAAAAUAAUUAUGUAAUGCGUUUCGGUCAUCAACAUGGAUGUUUCUGUCUUUUAGCAAGGGC